UGUAAUUCGUUGUAAGAUAUAGGUUGAAGUCCAAACCCGAUUCAUUUGAAUUCGGUAACGCAAAUAUGUCCGGUGCUCGCAAUGGACUUGCAUUUCUGAAACAAAUGAUAAAAUUUAGAACAGAGGCUAAAUCGUUUGAGAAUGUUCUUCAAGGUGUUCGUGUUGUUGGUGGAGGAGAUGGCAAAUGUACUUGUGAAAUGACAGUGAUGGAGGAACACCAAAACGCGGGAGGGACUCUCCACGGGGGUGUGACGGCCACCCUGGUGGACGCUAUAUCUACUUGGGCCUUAAUGACCACCCCACGGGAGGUCCCGGGGGUCAGUGUCGACCUCAGUGUGUCAUUUAUGAAACCCGUUAGAGUAGGAGAAGACAUAGUCAUUGAUGCAGACACUCUGAAGGUUGGGAAGACCCUAGCGUUCUGUUCUGUUGACAUAAAACUUAAAAGCACAGGAUCGCUAGUAGCUCAAGGAAAGCACACUAAGUAUGUCGGCUGAUUGACGUCGCUAUACCUACUCAGGAGUGAUGGACAAUGUAUGUAGACAAUGAUCUGUCUAUACGUCUGUGUGUCAGGAUAAUUCCAAAGUGUACCAGCUAAUGUACUUAUAAAUUGGUUACCGGUUCAACGUAUUGUAUCAGAAUGUAUUGCGUGUUAUAAUCUCAAUGAAGUAUUCUUUAACUGUUCAAGUGUAUAUGCAUUUGAGAAUAAAAGUUGAUAAGUAUGAAAA